AUGCACAGGUGCGCGUGCUGUGAUCGCACACACUGCACCGUUUGCAUGCAGAGGAUCUUUGCUGAGAUGGCCGGGGACUGGACCAGUCCUGCCAUGGAAAUGCUUAUCAUUUCUGGCGCAGAGUUCGUUGGCAUUAUUCUCGCAGGGCUCCUGUUGCUGCAUCCAACCUUGGGCCGCAUCAGGACGCUGCAGCUGCUCUGUGUGGGCUCUGCCCUCUGCAGCGCUGCGCUGACGAGCGCCGACUACGGUGCUUUCUACGUGGCAGAUCCUGCAGCCUAUGCCUUGAAGGCUGUGGUUAGCAUCAUGUUCACCUUCCUGCUUCUGUACAUCUCCGAGGCCCUGCCGGUGUCUGUGCGAGCAUCUGGGGUUGGGCUCUGCAUGGGCGUCGGCAGACUGGGCUCCAUUGCAGCACCUGCUGUAUAUGGCAUUGGCUACCAGCUGCACAACAGUGUGCUUCCGUUCCUGUUGAGCCUGGUUCUCCUGUCACUUCUAGGUUCCGUGGCAUCCAGUUUUCUGGUGGUUGAGACUCGUGGACGGCCCUUGGAUAACGGCAGCCCCGCUUCUGUUGAGCUGGCGGCCGUCAGCCGGUAA